UUGCUCUGAGCAUAGGGAGCGACUUCAGGAUUUGUUAGCAUCGUCAUCCAGUGCCCGCAAACUGCCGUUCCCGUGUGGCGUGUGUGGCUCUCGCUGCCGUCCACCGCCGUGCUCCUGGAUUUUGCGUCUGCGACUCCGACUCCGACUCCUGCGACUUCCAGUAAUACAUUCGACUUGAUUUUGAGUUUUGACUGAAUGAGCUCCCAUUCCUUCAUUCGACAUGGCUAUUGCACAGCCUUCUUUCCAAAAUCAUCUUGGAAUACUGCAGGCUCAAGCCCUUGUUUGUGGCAAAUUUCUGGGUAAAUUCACCUAUGCAAAUGAAAAAAAAUCAACUUCUGUGUGGAAAUCACCCAGAAGAGUUAAUUUUGAUAUGGGGCAUCCUGAGAUGCGAUGGGGUGAGUUCUUGAUAAAGGCAGUCACUACCCUUGAUGCUAAGUGCUCAGUUCAGAGCAAAGAUGGUCACUUGGGUUGCAGUUAUCUAACACCAGGUAUUGCAUCAACCCCCCACGAGGGUCAACUUCACCCCUCAGGAGAAGACUCAACAGAAUUGGAUGAGAAAGAGCAGUUGAGACGAUUGCGGAUAUCUAAAGCAAAUAGAGGGAACAGAGCUUGGAACAAAGGCAGGAAGCACAGUGCAGAAACUCUUCAGCGGAUCAGGGAGAGAACCAAGCUUGCGAUGCAGGAUCCUAAGGUCAAAAUGAAGUUACGAAAGCUAGGACAUUUUCAGAGCAAAGAAACAAGAACUAAAAUUGGGAUUGGUGUGAGAUUGGGGUGGCAAAGGCGGCGUCAUAAGAAGAUACUGCAAGAAACGUGCUACUUCGAGUGGCAGAACUUAGUUGCAGAAGCUUCUAGAAAAGGCGCUAUUGGUGAGGAAGAGCUGCAAUGGGAUUCCUAUGAGACUCUGGAUCAAAUGCUUGAGAAGGAGUGGUUGGAGAGUGUUGAACAAAAGAAGAAAAUGCUUAGGUCAAAAGGCAGCAAUAGAGCACCCAAGCCCCUGGAGCAACGGAGAAAAAUCUCAGAGGCCAUUUCUGCCAAAUGGGCUGACCCUGAAUACCGUGAACGGGUUUGCUCUGCUCUUACUAGAUACUAUGGUAAACCAGCUGGUGCUGGAAGAAAGCCAAGGAGAAGGCCAAGUGGUUCUACACAGUCUGCUUGGAGGAUCCCUGCAAAGAAAAAGGCUAACGAUUCAGUUCAUUCUGCCAGGAGUGAGACCAAUAGCCAAAAUCAUGAGCCUAAGUUAAGGAGGAAAAAUACACUGCCAUAUAAAGAUCCCUUGGUGAACUCCAAGUUGAAGAUGAUAAAGAAUAUCAGAGCCCAUAGAGCAUCUGCGGAAAGGGAGAAAAGUGCAGCUGUGGAACGAGCAAAGCUAUUGAUUGCCGAAGCUGAGAAGGCUGCAAAGGCUCUUGAGAUAGCUGCAACCAGGAGCUCACUUGCUCGAUCCUCUCUCAUGGAAGCUAGGAAGCUUAUAGAUGAAGCUGCACAAUCAAUAAAAACCGUAGAGAGAAGGCAGAUUUCCUCUCCUGAGGAAAGCACAUACAAUUCCCUAGCAUCCCCCAGAUUGAUAAAUUAUGUAGAGGAAACGAACCCAAGACCUGAAGCUGUGGACCAAGCAGAUCAUAGAGAAGUAAAUGAUAUUCAAGCCAUAGACUCAAAUAGCAGUGAUGAUGAAGAAUUUCAUUUUGGAAGCUACACCUUACAGAAUUUACUGAAUGGCAGCGAGGAAGUUCUCCAAACAAGCUGCCAGGACUAUAGUUUACCUCAGUUAGGUUUUGGUGAUCUUAUGAAGCGGUCAGAUUCACCGAGGCAGCUAGUUCAGCUUGAACUGAAUGGAAAUAUUAACAGCCAAAAAACCCCGCAACCAAUUCAAACCAUAUCUCAGUCCACAGAAAAUGGAAGGGCUGCUUCAAGUUCAGUCACCACAACAAAGAAAUGGGUUCGGGGGAGGCUGUUAGAAGUUUCUGAAAGUGACUAGCUACUGUUAAGCAAAUGUCAUUAACUUAUGCAGGUCUCAGUCAUGAAAUUUCCAUCCCAGCCACGGAAUCUGACCUGCCUGCCCAUGGAUCAUGCUUUGUUGUUAUUGCUGUCUUCUAUCAUAGUGCAAGUCAUAAUUACAGGUCAUCCUAUGGUGCCAAAAACUCUUUCUUUCUUCAGUAUUAUACUGGAGAAAAUACAGAAGAAAUUAAAAUUCAUCACAGCCGUCAAAGCAAUUUAGGCGUUUGAUACCAGUCCCCAAGUCUGGAUAUUUUCCCUCUCUGGCUCUCUACUCUGUUGCCCUCUUGUUGCUCUCUACCAUUCUCUUUUCAUUGCAAGACCUCUCUACCUCUCUCUCUCUCUGUGGUCCCUCAUCCCUUCCAUGUUGCCUGAUCUGCACUUAGCUAGCUACGGCUCCAAAACCUAGUUCCUGCUUGUUACAACUCAUUAUUUUGAUUCUUUUCUUUUCUUUUCUUUUUCCCCCCCAAAAAAAAAUGUACUUCAAAUUUGAAAGAUGUAGAGGCCUCUAUUGAAGGGGUUAAGUCUUCUGCUAGUUGUACAAAGUGGAGUUUGUUUAGAUUCUCAUGCUAUGCUAAUUUGUAAGAUGGGAUAGUAGUGGAUGACUAGAUGUGAAAAUGUGAUAGGGCGAUGGUGCUUUGGUGGGCAUUUGAGUUUGCAAGUGCCGUGAUCAAUAUUAUUGCUACCAUUUUGGGCAUUGAAAA